AUGUCGUUGCACGUGGAAGGGGGCACGCAGGUCCAGGUGCCGCGCUCUCUGAUGCAGGCAUUUCUGCAGCAGGACCCGAAUCAUCCAGGCCUGGAGACGGUGCGACUGCCAACGCCUCCUUGCGGGUCCGAUGAGAACGGGCCGCCGCAGCACUGUCGCGAGGUGGAGACGGAACUGUGCCUGGUGUGUCGCCGUUGCGGCCGGGCCUAUCCGCAGGAAUCGACGCUGCUGGCACACCAACGCUCCUGCUAUCUCGGCAAUCAGCAGCGCCGCGGCGCGCUGCGCCUCGUGCAAUCCCGUUACGCCUGUUCCCUGUGCGACGGAAACACCCCGACUCGGACCUACAUGACCAUCACCGAAUGGCGGCGCCACGCCGACACGUUGCAGCACAGAGCUCGCUACGAGGCCCAUCAGGAGCGCCAGCAGCACCAACAGCACCAACAGCAGCAGCAAUUCGGCGCCAUGAGCGCAGACACUGGCGGACAGUGCGGCGAGGAGGUGCAUCCGCUGACGGACGAGAUGGAGGACGUGGUGAACCAGAUCACCCUGUUGGCCGCUCGCGCGGCCGCCGAGAGCACCACCGGCCAACCCCAAGCGAACGAGAGGGCGAACCAGGACAACAACAACGCUCCCGACGUGAAGAGGCAGAAGCUGGUCCAAGAGGUUGCCGCUUUGGCCGGUGCACGUUAG